AUGAUAUUUAAAAAAACAAUUUUAAUUUUUAUAAUUUCAUUUUUUUUUAUAUCAAUUUCAUUUGCAAGUUCAUCAUCAUCAUCGUCUUCAUCAUCAUCAUCGUCUUCGUCAUCAUGGUCUUCAUCCGAAAGUUCAUCCUCACCUGCACCUUCAAAAUAUAUUUAUGCAAUUGCAGUUAUUGAAAAUUAUAAACAACAACAAUUUUUGAUUAUUGAUCCUUGGGAAAAUAAUACAAUUUUAAGUGAAUCUUUACAACUUAAUUUCGAAAUUGAUGAUAUUUUAAUUGUUGAAGAAUCAAAUACUUUUAUUGUUUAUUCUGAAAGUACAAAUCAAUCAUUGAUUUCAAUUAACCCAAAUACAUUACAAUCAAAAUUAAUUAAUAAAAUAACACCACCAAUAGCAGGAUUUGAAGAUAUGCUUCAACCAAGUGUAUUUAUUAGUGAAAAAAAGGUAUUGUAUAAACCAGUGGUAGAUAUUAAUGGUGGUGGUGAACUUAGUAGUUUAUUACGUUUAGAUUUUGAAAGUGGUAAAGGUACAUUUGUAAAUAUAUCAAAUGAAAAUCAAAUUUCAACCGCUGGUAGUAUACCAAAUGUUGCAUAUGAUCAAUUGAAUGAUUACGUAUUCGCAUGUUAUAAUUCAUCAAAUAAUAAUGUUUUAGUGGCAUUUAAUGAAACUACUUCUGACAUUAUUGAAACUUAUGGUAUUCUUAAAAAUAUUCAAGGUUUUGAUGUUACAAUGAUGUUCACUGAUAAAUUGGGUAAUCUAUUCUUAGUAUAUCAAGAUAAUAGUGGUGAUGUCUUUGUAUGUGAAGUAGAUUCUAUAUUAAUGGAAUGUUUUGGUGUAUUCAAAUAUAAUAUUGGUACUGUUCCUUAUGCUUUCUCUCCUUACUUUUUAUCAAGAGAUAAAUCCUCUUUGGUUUUUAUUACUUAUAUCGAUGAAAAUCAAUUCUUAUUGGAGGUGGUAGAUUUUAAUCAUGGUUUCAAAUCAAAGAAAACAAUUUUUUCAAAUAGUUAUUUAAAUAAUCCAUUUAAUGUUUAUUGGGUUAGUCUUACAUACUAA